AUGGCCCCCAACAUAGACAAAGAAGCAGAACACAUCCGAGACAAAGCGAGAAAAGAGCUCCUCGGCCUACUUGAAGGAGUCCGGGGCAAGAAGAACCUGGUAAUUGGAAAAGACUUGACCGGGGGGUUGGGAUUGUUCGUCCAAUUUUCCCAGCUCAAGGAAUACGGCGUAGACAAGGUGUUCGAGCUAGAAAAUGGCAACACCGACUCAUCCCAGAGGAAUAUUGUUUAUCUGGUUCAUGGAGAAAAGCCUAGCUUGGUUCAGACAGUAGCAGAACAAAUCAAGAAGCUCCAGAAGAAUGGCUCUGUCGAGCAUGAAAUCUCGGUUAUAUGGGUUCCCCGGAGAACCCUUGUCUCCAACAAAAUCCUCGAGGAUGCAGGGGUAUUGGGCGACGUCAACAUCUUGGAGCUGCCUAUAUUCUUUCUCCCCUUGGAAGAUGAUAUGCUGUCCCUGGAAAUGGACGAAACAUUCAACGACCUCUACUUGAGGCACGAUCCGGGACCACUCUAUCUCGCUGCCAAAGCUCUCAUGCAGAUUCAGCAGCGACAUGGCUUAUUCCCGCGCAUCCUGGGGAAAGGCGACAAUGCUAGGAAACUUGCCAACCUUUUACUUCGAGCACGCAAAGAGCUAGACGCGGACGAAGCUGCUACACAAUACACCAGCAUGCCGAGUACCUCAAUUGAACAACUGAUCAUCAUUGAUCGUGACGUUGACUUCGCCACUCCAUUGCUCACACAGUUGACCUACGAAGGCUUGAUUGACGAGCUGGUGGGGAUCAAGCACAACAGGGCCGAAGUCGACUCAUCCAUCAUUGGAGCUGCUCCUCAGCAGCGGUCCCAGGCCGGUUCGUCCUCAACGCCUCCACCCCCGGCAGUCCGACAAGGAUUCAAGCGUAAGAUUCAGUUGGAUUCGUCCGAUCCCUUGUAUGAACAACUUCGCUCCGCCAACUUCGCGCUUAUUGGUCCACAUUUGAACAAGAUUGCUCGACGUCUUGAGUCAGACUAUGAAGGACGCCACCACGCUCGCGGCAUCAACGAAUUACGAGAAUUCGUGAACAAGUUGCCCACGUUCCAACAGGAGCAUCAGUCCCUGGCAAUCCAUACUAACCUUGCCGAUGACCUGAUCAAACAUACCCGCUCCGACACCUUCAAUCGAGAGUUGGAGGUUCAACAGAAUAUAGCCGCUGGCACUGAUCCGAUAUACCAGCACGAAACCAUUGAAGAACUCAUUGCUCGGGAUGCACCUCUGAGUACCAUUCUCCGCCUUCUAUGUCUCGAGUCUGCUGUGGCCGGUGGACUGCGACCGAAGGAUCUGGAUUCAUUUCGACGCCAAAUCCUUCAUGCUUACGGUUUCCAUCAUCUCCUUACUCUCGAUGCGUUGGAGACCAUGGAACUUCUCCAGCCUCGGUCGUCCGCGUCAGCACUGCUCCUCCCAGUUGGUGGAGGAGGCAGUCAGUCUGAGAAGGGGACCAAGACGAAUUAUGCAUAUCUGCGCAAAGGACUGCGCCUGAUUAUCGACGAAUACAAUGAACAAGAUCCGGAGGAUGUCGCGUACGUCUAUUCGGGCUAUGCGCCGCUAAGCAUCAGGAUCGUGCAGUGUGUUCUCCAGAAACAGUACCUUCAGUCGCUGCAUAAAUCACCAUUACCGUUGACGUCAUCGAGUACAGGCUGGACAGGCUUUGAGGAUAUUUUGAAGUCGGUCAAGGGCCCGACCUUCACCCUUGCGCAGAAGCCAACGGACGAGAAGGCAGCAAAGGUCAAGGCCGCCCUAGCUGGCACCGGCGUUUCGAAAACCGUGUUUGUCAUGUUUCUCGGCGGUAUCACGUUCGCAGAAGUUGCGGCCUUGAGGUUCAUUGGACGUAAGAUGACCGAAUCUGGGCAGAGAAGAAAGAUUGUCAUUUGUACGACCGGGGUCAUCAGUGGAAGGAGUAUCAUGGACGGCGUGAUUGAGAAGUCGAAUUUGGCAUCCGGUAUCACUGCAUGA